AUGUCUUUAUUUACGACCAAUACUUCGUACCCGAAAAAUUUAUCUAUACCUAAUGGAUACGCGACCCAAAUUGCAGAAAAACCUAAGAACAAAAUAAUAUUCCUCGAUAUAACGCCAACUCAGACUCCGCGUAUAAAAUCUCCAUCAGCCAAUUCCGUAUAUCCGUUGAGAAAUAACUUGAUUGAACCGCAAAUUAACCGAGAUAUAAUCUAUGAAAAUAUUAAGCCAGUGUUCUUUUUGUUGCGAAUUUUGGGGGUAUUACCUUUAUCGAGGCCGUCACCGGGAGUAAAUCAAUUCCAAAUUACGUCCCCGCCGAUGCUUUAUUCUUUUGCUUGCUACAUUUGUCUCAUCGGUUAUGUGCUCUAUCUUUCUUUACACAAAGUCCAGAUUUUACGCGCAGCUGAAGGUAAAUUCGAGGAGGCCGUCAUUGAAUACCUUUUCACCGUGUACCUUUUUCCUAUGUUACUAGUUCCGAUAAUGUGGUACGAAACGCGCAAGAUCGCUGGAAUUCUGAAUGGGUGGGUCGAAUUUGAGGAGUGCUACAAAAAAUUAUCUGGGCGCGUCCUCCCUGUGAAGCUGUACAAGAAAGCUCUAGCAAUAGCUGUGAUCAUACCGAUUUUAUCUACAAGCUCGGUGGUGAUCACUCACGUCACUAUGGUCGACUUCAAAGCGAUGCAGAUUAUUCCGUAUAUUUUCUUGGAAAUUCUGACCUAUAUUCUUGGAGGUUAUUGGUAUCUGCUGUGUGAAACAUUGAGCGUAUGUGCUAAUUUCCUUGCUGAAGACUUUCAAAGGGCCCUCCGUCACAUAGGACCAGCGGGAAAAGUGGCUGAAUACCGAGCCCUUUGGCUGCGUUUAAGCAAACUAGCCCGAGACACCGGCAUCGCGAACUGCUACACGUUUACCUUUGUUAAUCUCUACCUAUUCUUAAUCAUCACUUUAUCAAUUUACGGUCUCCUCAGUCAAAUAUCUGAAGGGUUUGGUAUAAAAGACAUCGGCCUGGCGGUGACCGCUUGUUGCAGUAUUUUUCUUCUAUUUUUCAUUUGUGAUGAGGCGCACUACGCAUCACAGAACGUUCGAACCAACUUCCAAAAGAAACUAUUAAUGGUGGAACUGUCGUGGAUGAAUACGGACGCACAGACCGAAGUCAAUAUGUUUCUGCGGGCUACCGAGAUGAAUCCAUCGCAGAUAAGCCUAGGAGGAUUCUUCGACGUAAACCGUAACCUAUUUAAAUCGCUCCUAGCUACGAUGGUGACAUAUCUGGUCGUGCUUUUGCAAUUCCAAAUCAGCAUUCCUGACGACGCACGUAACCAAAUGGCCAAUGAAGAAAGAAUGUAUAAUGAUACUCUGCUUACAAUUGCUGAAACUACUAAAGCUGCUACAACAGUGGCUACAGCUAUGCUGACCACUUUAGCUAGGAAGAAAAAGAAAAAUUAGUAUAGAAACUAAACUUUAGUUCUAGACUUAGAUAGAUUAACGAAC